AUGAAUAACCUUAGAAUCCUUAAAUUCUAUAAUCCUUUCUCCAGCAGAAUCAACGUGCAGCUCCCUGGAGGCCCCAGUUUUCUUCCUGACGAGAUAAGGUGUCUCCACUGGGAGCAAUACCCAUUGGAAUCUUUGCCGGCGAGUUUUAAUCCAAGAAAUCUUGUUGAACUGGAAAUGCCCCAUAGCAGAUUUAGACAAAUUUGGAGUGGAGUUAAGGCAUUUAGUUCUAUAACAAAUGUAGUUAACCUUUGUUGCACAAGUUUGGUUGAAGUUCCCUCAUCUAUUGGAUUUUGCACAAAGAUUACUCAUCUGAAUCUAAAUGAGUGUAAACUUAUCAGUAGUUUCCCAGGCUGCCUCCAAUUAACAAGACUUGAAUGUCUAUCUCUCCGCAAUUGCAAAAAAAUCACAAGGUUUCCGGAGAUUCCAAAAGUUACAAAGAGGUUAAAUUUAAGCGGAACUGCAAUAGAAGUGCCCCCAUCAAUUAGACGCCAGUUCCAACUUGUUAAACUGGAGUUGGUAUCCUGCACAAGCCUCAAUAGCCUCGCAAGCGGUAUCGGUAAGUUAAGAUCUCUCCAACUGCUUGAUCUUAGCGGAUGCUCAAAACUGGCAAGACUUCCAAAAAGCAUAUGCAAUAUCAAGUCUCUUGAAAGUUUGCUUCUUAGAGAAUGUCCUCGCCUCAAAAAAUUGCCUGAAGACUUGGGGAAUUUAGAAUCUUUGAAGAGGAUAGAUACCACUUUUAGCGGUAUAAAGGAACUACCAUCCUCCAUAUCCCGCUUGCAAAACCUAGUAGAUUUAGGUUAUUCAGGAUAUGUAGGUAUGACAUUGCCUUCUCUGGGAGCAUUGACGAGUCUACAAGAGCUUCAGCUAAUGAACUGCGGUAUAAAAGAAAUUCCCAAGAGUCUUGGCUUCUCAGUGUCCUUGAGAGAGUUAAAUUUAUCAAGCAAUGAUUUCAGGAGCUUGCCAGUAACCAUCAAAGGACUUACUAACCUGACUAUACUAAAUUUAAGUAAUUGUAAGAACCUUCAACGUGUGCCACAGCUUCCAUCUGGGUUAGAACUUGUGAAUAUGCCUAGCUGCAGUUCUCUUGAAUCAUUACCAAUGUUAUUCACCGAAAAGAUCCAUCUGAUUGCGAAGAUCUAUGUGAAGUUAGGUUGUGCAUACCUGGGACUGAAGUCCCAAAUUGGUUCAGCUAUCAAAGUACUGGAUCUUCAUUAUCAUUAUCGCUCGAGGCAGGUUACAGUCCUAAAUUGCUGGGUUGCGCUUUUUGCGCUGUUGUUUCAUGCCAAGGCAAUAAUACUCCACUUUCGGACAUUCAAUGUGAUCGCCGGUUUAUAACUGAAUACGGUGACUCUUGAUGUAUUUACUGCCGAGUCGAAAUACCAGUUGAGGCAAUAUUUCUCUAACAAAGAUGGCAUGACCCUCCAAUCAGAACACGUUGUCUUGUGGUGCGAGUCUAAUGUAUUUAUGUCCAAAUAUCAUUUGAGGCAGGCCUCCUUCAAAUCCUAUGCCAUAGAUAACGAAGGGAGCAGGAUACCAGAUUUUCAUAUCAUCAAAUGUGGUGUACAUCCAUUGACUGCUGACAAUGAUGGUCGCUGGUACAUUAAGGAGAAUGACCGCGGCGAGGAGGACGAAGAGAUUGAGAAUGAGGGAAGGAGAAACAGGAAGAGGUUCAGGAUGUUGUAGUAAGUAACUAUUUAAAA